GAGGUUAGGUAUCUAAUAUACAAUCGCAUGCGCAGAUAAGUCAUUCCUUCUUUACCAAAACAUUCAUUAUGCCGUGGUCUGAGUAGGCAGUGACUAGAGGGUUUACUUUCACUUUUUUUUUUUGGAAAAUGCCUUCUGAAAGGCGUAAAAAAUUGGUGGAUACAUGGGGUGAAGAUGAAUUGAAGAACUCCAUGAAAGAAUCUCGAAAAGAGAGAUCAAAGGAUUCAAAAAGUAGAAGAGAUGGAGAACGGGAUGAUCGUGAAAGGAGGAAGCGAAAAGAGGAAAAAGAUCAAGGAAGUAGAGAGAAAGACAGACGAGAGACAAGAGAUCGAGAAAACAGAAGAGAACAUAGGGACGAUGAGAAAGAUGAUCGAAGACAUAGGGAGGAUAAGGAACGGAGAAGGCCAAAAGAGGAUGACGAUGAAAGGAGGCGGAGGAAGAAGGAAGAAGAACGAUCAAAAUCUGGGAGACAUGGCAAUGAUAAAAAAAAAGAUGAUGAUGAUAGGGAAAGGAGAAAACAUAGAAGAGAAGAAGAAGACAGAGAUCAUGAAAAAGAUGACAAGGAGAGGAGGAGGAGGAGAAGGCAUGAGGAUGAUGAUGAAAGGAAAGAUUCUGGAAAAAGAAGGGAAAGAAAACAUCGGGAUGAAACGGAGGAGGAACGAAGAAAACGAAAAGAAAAGGAACGUGAAAGGCGACAUAGAGAAAAGGAAGCUGUAGAAAAUGGUAGCGCUCAUAAAGAUCGUAGAAGAUCUGAGAGACGAGAAAGAGACCACGACAGUGACAGCAGGGAUAGAGAGAGGAGAAGAGAAGACAGAAAACACAGAGAGGAUCAACGAAAACAUGAAGACAAUGAUGAGAAUAAACAUAGAGAACGUCGUAGAAGGCCUAGUGAUGAUGAUAGAGAUCGAAGGAAACAACAUAAGGAGGAAAAGGAUGACAGCAGAAAAACGGGAAAAUCUAAAGAAGAGGAAUUUCAUGAUGAGGAAGCAGAGAAGCAGUCAGAGAUACAAAGGAAAGAGAAACUUAACAACCAUGAGGGCUUUGGACAGACAUUCCUAAUUGAACCAACGGAAUCAGCUGAGGUUAUCAACGAUGAAGAUCUGAAACCUGAGAAAAUAAGUGAGAAACAGCAACAAAAUCUUGAUGAAGAUGAAGAUAAUUAUGAUGAUGAUGAUUUUGAGGAUUAUGAUGAUGAUGAUUUUGAAGAUGACAAUGAAGAUGAUGAAUCCGAAAAAACUCCAGUCACAAAAUCUGAAUAUGAUGAGCUGCGUAGAGCAAUGGCUGAGGAAAAUGAGGCAACAUUAAGAAGGAGCAUGGGAGGCGGAACAUCAUCAUCAUCCUCAUCAUCACGACCUACAACUUCUAGAACUGGUCGUACAUUCGUUAAUUUUGUUGCUGCAAAACAGCGUCAAAUCAGCGACAAGGUCUCGCAGAAAACCCGUAAGCGCGGCAAGGAACUAAUGGCUCUACUUGACCUGGAUGUAGUUAACUUUGACCUCUUGGACAUGGCACCAGUGAAUGAGUAUGAUCUUUAUAUUAGAAGCUUUGGACAGUCUAAUACAAAACAGGCUUAUGUCCAAUGUAAUGAAGACAACCUAGAACGUGAAAUUCAGACUGAAGAGAUAGAAGUAGACACAAAAUGGACGCAGCAUCCUGCAGACGAUUCAAGAGGAUGUGGCGGAGAAGGUUCAUCAAAGGAGGACGAGAAUAACACUAUGUUUAAGGGAGAAGAUUCCAUGCGACUUGCUCGCUUCCUGGACAAAGCUGCCAACGUAAUCAGCACGCUGUUGGAAGAAGAGGCGGCAGGCAGCCAUCAUAGUAGUCUCCAAUCCAGUAACCUUUGUUUUAGUCGAGGUUUCACUAACCUCACAACCAAUCACACUUUCCUUGAAGGGCGUGAUGUGUUGCAAGUGCAAUUUCACCCUGUACAGACCAAUCUACUACUUACAGCUCACACUUUACCUAGGCUUGACGAUAAGAAAGCAAAGACAAAGUCAAUUUCAAAACAUCCUUUAAGUGGUUGUGGUCUUAUAUGUCUCUGGAACCUGAAUAUGCCAACUAAACCACAGAAAGUUCUGUCUUGUCAGUCACCCAUUAGUUGCUGCUGUUUUAGCCCUUCUAAAACAUCAUCUGUGUUUGCUGGAACUGAGGAUGGCUCGGUUGUUGCAUGGGACCUGAGGGAGCCCUCAUUCAUGCAUUCUUUUUAUCCAGUCAAUGAGGGAAAGGUUGAAGUUCAGGUCCCUACAUAUAGCACAGAUGGUGUAUCGAAUGAGGAUAAUCAUCAUAGCUGUGUAGUAUCAAUCCAGCCAGUAGUCUCCAUAACAGACAGCAUGCAGUCUGCUAGGGAAGAAGGCUUAGCAUUCCAACUAGCCUCCAUGGAGCAGAAUGGAAAAGUUAAUUUCUGGGUUGUCAUGGAAAUAGAGAAAGCAGAUAUAGCAGGGUCUGAAUACGAUUUAGGCCUGGUUCCAGGAGGGAAGAUUAAGCUGAUGAAGAGUUCAUUUAUAAUGUUGAAAGCUAAACAAAGAGAUGUAAGCCAUCUGUCUGUUAGUCAUUUACACUUUUCUCAAUCUGAUGCUAAUCAUUUUUAUGCUACCACCGAUGCUGGAUAUAUUAUGCAUUGCACACGUAAUGGUACAGCUGACAUACCAAGGUUAUACCACACAAAAAUAGAUUUUCCUGUUGAUAUUCUAGCUGUUGAUUUUCAUCCUUUUGGUUUACCAUAUUUUCUGGUUGGGUGUAGAGAUGGAUGUAUUCGAAUGCAUCAUACAAAAUCAGAGUUUCCUGUGAUCACAUGGUUCAAUUCAACCAAUGGGAUGGACCUUGUGUCUUUAGCAUGGUCCCGUAGUCGGCCGGCAGUUUUCUUCUCAAUUGACGUUACUGCAAAGAUGUACAUAUGGGAUUUACUAAAAGGCGACAGCGGCCCAGUUCGGACUGAACAGUUUACACAUAAACAGUUGACAUGUUUAUCGUUAUCCAAUGAUCAUAGAGCCACCAGGACAGCAAUAUCUGUACGUGAACCUGAAAUGGCACUUUCGAGUGGAAAAGGAACAGUGGAAAUUCAUCGUCUAAAUGAGCAAUUCACUAAAGCAGAACAUGGGGAGCUAAGUCAGUGUAAAGAAUUUCUUCAGACAUUGAUGUGAGGUAUGAUGUCAUAGCUGGACUAGCUGCGGGGGUUGAGGGAGGGAUGGAGGGAGGGAGGGAGGAAAGCAGAGGUGUCAAAUAUUGUCAUAAUUUUAGUAAAAAUCACAAUAUAUUUCUAAAAACACUUAAUUGACUUGCAGUGUACCAAAAGAUAUAAGGUACAGUACUUUGAAAUACGAUAGAUUGGGUUUAAAAUAUUUAUUUUAUUUUUUUUCACAACCAUAACCUAGUGAGUACCAAGGUAUUUUUAAACACAUUUAAAUACAAUAAAACACAUACACAUCUCUAGACAUUAAAGUUUUACUGUGUCUGCAACAUUGCAUAUCUGUAAUAUACCCAUAUAUGGUAUGAUGAUGUCAUAUCACACCCAUAUAUGGCACAUAAUAAUUGAUAUUGUGGACAUUUAAGUGAUCCUUUUACAAUGAUAAUAAAAACAGAAAGGCCAAAACUCACAACUACAAGAAAUAAUAUGCGCCAGAACAAAACAGUUGUUAAUAUCAAAGGUCUAAUAUAAUAACAAGAAAGCACACUCCGCGAUUUUAUGCGUAACAAAUAGAAAUGUCGAAUUACAGUUGGUUACAGAAAAAAGAUCAAAGUAUUAUAACAACUAUGCUUUUUGAUUAGAAAGCUGGUUUUGAGAGAGGGCAUCCCAUUUCUUACCAUGGCUGUUACAGAAUUCAUAAAAUCAAAAUUUGUUUUUGUGAGUGGUGCCCUAGCAAAUGAGUACUUUUACAGAAUUUGCAGGCAGAAAGUAAAGAGUGCGCUAUCUUGUUAUAAUAUGUUUGGUUGUUAGGUAGAUUCUUUUAUAUCGCUAUACAGUAUAGGGGCAGAUUUACAGGGGAAAUGUCUCCUCCCUCCCCCAAAUUUUUUAAAAUUGGAAAAAAUAGAGAAUUGUGUGCAAAUUUAAGUCUGAGGGUGCCAUUUCCAUCCAUCUAGAGGUGCCACACUCAUUAAGUUUCUUACCUAGACCCUCCAUAUUUGAAAGUCCCUCCCUGGGCCCCCUCUAUUUUGAAUUCUGCCACUGAGAAUAGGGGAAAACUGGUAGUACUGUAUUAAAUAGUAUCACCUUGAAUUUUUGUUGUAUAUUUUAUUUAAAUUACUGCUCAAUUUCAACACUGAUGUAGUAAUAGGAAUAUAGGAAUACUGUGUGCAUUUAUUGCUAUGGUAAAGUAUAAUGCUGUGAUGCAUAUAUUUUACCACAAUUGUUUUUUAUUCCGUCCUUGUUUAUGUAUAAAAUACUUUAUGAAAUUAUAAUAAUAAAUAUCAUGAUCCUGUACAGACAUAGUUUACAACAGCUAUGCAGGGUUACGUUAAUGACCUUUUGAAUUUUGAAAACAUUUUGCGUUUUUCUAAGAUAUGAAAAAUAUUAUCUUUUAUCAUAAAUUACAAGUAUGUUUGUUUUUAAAAUAUUAUUGGUAUACAUUGUGAGAAAUAUUUUAGUAGAACUCUUGUUUUGUCUUCAAAAUUCGCUGAAACUCUACUGCUAGUGAUAUUUUGAAAUAAAACUACAAGCUUACUAGCUGUAAGUGCAAUGGUUGGUAAAAUGUG